GAUGCCAAAUACGCGCGUGAAGGAGAAAGUGCAUCCGACGAUGGUGCGUAGUGGCUGUUACGAAAAUAGGCAGCUGAAAGCGCUUGCCAUCUGUACGCUACUGGCCGUAUCGACCCUGCUACCGACGGCCGAUGCGUUGAAGACGAAAAGCCGUAGCAAGAGUUCGUCCUCUUCGUCAUCGUCCGGGCGCGUUUCGAAGCCAAGCACAUCGUCCUCGUCCAGCUACAGCAAUCCGGGCAGCUUGAGCUACAGUAACUAUCAGGCAAAACCUGCUCCGAAACCUUCGGCUCCAGUUGAAUCGUCGAACACGCGUAAUAUCGGAUGGAAUGUAAAUAGUCAGGCAGCUAAGCCUGCUGGAUCCAUGACGGCAGCACAGCCAGCAGCCGUUAAUAAGCCACCGUAUCCGGUACAAUCGAGUGCUGCAAAGCCUCCUCCAUAUCCGGUACAGUCGAGUGCUGCGAAACCUCCAUAUCCGGUACAGGCGACCCAUAAUACGCACCAGACGCAUGCAGCUCCGGGAGCACCACCACCGCCGUACUCCCAUGGACCACCGCCACCGUACUCGGCCGCCAACAAUCCUAACAUGAACUCGCGCUUCAACGAACCACCGCCGGUGUACACUCCGGGCAAUCAGGGCUUUAGACCGGGACAGCCUGGAUUCGGUCAGCCAGGAUCAUUCGGGCAGCCCGCGUACGGGCAACCGGCUGGAGGUUUUGGCCAACCAGCGGGUGGGUUUGGCCAGCCCGCGGGUGGCUUUGGACAACCAUCGGGUGGAUUUGGACAACCAGGAGGCUUUGGACAGCCAGGUGGUUUCGGACAACCGAUGGGAGGUUUCGGCGGUGGUGGCUAUCACCCUCCAGCGGGUGGAUUCGCUGCACCCCACGGUACGUUCCAGGGCGGUGGUGUGGCUCCUCCGGUAAACUACGCCCCAGCACCAUCCUUCCCCAUUGCGGCCAUCCCAGUCGGUGCGUAUAAACCACAAAGCUCGGGUAUUGGAGUUGGUGGAAUUGCAGCCGGAAUCGGUACGGGUCUGUUGGCGGGAGCAGCUGGAUCGGCGCUGUACAACGCACUUCGUCCGGAGGAUCGUGGACGGUACAGCGAGAGAGGUGGAGGUGGAGUAACGAUCAUUAACAACGUACCAGCAGCCCCGGCUGCCCCAGCCGCUGCCGGUGCUGCUCCGGCGGAAGGAGCUGCUACAGCUGCGGCCGCUCCAGCACCAGUCGCUGUAGCUCCAGGAGCUCCGGUACCAGGUGUUGCUGCUGCAGUACCUCCGGUAGCUGCUCCUGGAUCUGAUGCUGCUGCACCAGUCGUUCCAGUCGCUGCCGGUCCUGAUGGACAAGCGAAUGUCCCGCUAGCACCGUUACCAGGAACUACAGACAACUCUACUGAUCAGGUGCCACCACCACCAGGCGUACCGGAUGCUCCGAUCAUUCUAAAUGAAAACGCCACGACAAACGGUACGGAACCGGAACAACAACAACCCGCACCAGUAAACGGAACCGAAACGAUGACUCCACUAGCCCAAGCACCAGUUGAAUCGGCGCCGCUAGAAACGACCACCGUAAACCCGAACGCUAAGCAAUAUAUUCCACCACCGGGUCAGUAUUACCCAGCCACCGGACAGUACGUACCACCGGGCGAAUACGAUCCAGCAACGGGAAUCUUCACCCCCGGCCGUUACAUCCCCGACACGACCAUCUUCCAGUCGGGUCAGUACGAUCCACUAACGCAAAUGUUUACACCUGGCCGGUACGAAGCGAAUGGGCAGUUUAUUCCGGAUCCGAAUCAUCCACCACUAUCGCUAGCACCGAAUGGAGCCGUCACUGAGCAAGCCGUUCCUACCCCGAAUGCUGCUCCCGUUGCAUCCCAACCGGAACCAGUGACACCGGCCGUUGCGUCACAGUUGAAGACGGCAAGCGGCGCCAGCAUGAAGACAAUAUCGUUGAUAACAGCGCUUGGUGCCUUACUCGUGUCGGAAGGCUUCCGUCAGCUCGUACGCUUCUAG